AUGAUCUGCCACCGAGAACCGUAUCCGGCCCUCAAAGCAGUACAGCGCAGCGCAUCCGGAAAAUAUGUCCUCAUAACCAAUGCUUCGCACGGAAACGGCCGAGAAAUGGCGUUAUCAUGGGCAAGAGCAAACGCUGCCGGGAUCGCAAUCAGCAGCCUCAACGCAGAGGAUCUCGAAUUUGUCGCAGAAGAGAUUAGAGGCAUCGACUCCAACAUCCCCAUCGUCGCCAUGGCUUGCGAUACCACAAGUCCAUUCGACGUAAACAGCCUUUUCUCGACGACAAAAGAAAUCUUCGGUAGAUUGGAUGUAGCAGUCGCGAAUGUUGGUAUCACACAUCUCGAGAACUUGGGUGCAAUCGACGACAACGACUUAUGGUGGGCCGACGUAAUGACAAACUUUCGCACCACACACCUCACUGCUCACCAAUACCUUCGCACAUUUGGUCCAUCUCCGACUGGUACUUUUAUUUCGGUAACGUCCGGCGCGAAUUUCUGCGUUGGUCCAGGGGUUUCGUCGCAUGAGUUUUCGCAACAAAUCGACCGCCGACUUUUAGAGUUUCUGGCCUUUGAAUAUCCUAUGAUGAAAACAUUUUCGCUGGAUUCAGGGCCGACACAAGUGGAGCGGACAAGACUCACACACAGUGAUUUAGAGAUUUCUAAUCCAGAGUUGGUGGGGUUGUUUUCUGUUUGGUUGGGUGGCGGGCGAGCGGAUCUGUUGAGGGGCAAUAGUCUGCGUGCUGAAUGGGACAUAUGUGAACUUGAGCUCAACAUGCGACAGACAUUGGAGAGGGAUACUUUGAAGCAGAAAAUGUCGAGCGGUUGUUUGCGGCUGGCGACGAGGCAAGUAUAG